AGAACAAAAGGACAUUCGCGAGGUUUCUCAAAAAAUAAUAGUGGCGAAUAUUUUAUUCACGAUCAAUUAAAUAACAUACUUUUGCAUUUUACUCAGAAUUUAUUAGCUGCAAUUAACAUGGAACCAAGCAACUCCGGCAUUAACACUCGUAUUAUUUUGCGCGAGUACGCCUCCAAGGGUGUCAACUCUACGUCAUGUUUUAGCAUUGACAGGAGCCAGCCCGUACACAGUGUUGAUUCCCUGUCUGAAGGCCAGGUGCUUGUAAAAACAUUCGCCCUCUCGGUUGACCCACACCUGCGCAUUUACAUCUCGGCGCCCGAGGGUUCCUCCGGUUUUAACUCUCCGUCUGAGCAGCAUCCGCUAGGCGAGCCCAUGGCCUCCAUCGGCGUAGGGACUGUAAUUGCUUCAAGAAGCGUGCUGUUCAAGACUGGUGAUCAUGUUCGCAGUAUGACUAUGCCGUGGCAGUCGUUUUCUGUGGUUGCAGAUUACAGCCUUAUUAAGCUUCCUCAAAAAGAGGAUGUGCCCCUUUUGAGCUACCUUGGCAUGCUUGGAAUGCCUGCGUUUACGGCAUAUUUGGGCAUAAUUACCAUCGGCAAGGCCAAGGCCAGAGAGACGGUUCUGGUAUCGGCUGCGUCGGGCGCAGUCGGCCAAAUAGUCGUGCAGCUAGCCAAGAUCCACGGCCUGCACGUCAUUGGUCUUGCUGGAUCUGACGAAAAGACUGCCUUUGUCAAGAGCAUUGGCGCUGACGCAGUCAUUAACUACAAAGCUUGUGACAAUCUGGACGCCGCCAUCAGGCAGGUAAUUCCCCAGGGCAUCGACAUUUACUUUGAUUCUGUUGGUGGAAGCAUCCUUGACGCAGCCAUUCUCAACCUCAAUGCGUAUGCGCGAGUGAUCCUGUGCGGCUCGAUGUCUUCAUUUGGGGCUGACAAGUCGCUGACUGAAGGCGUCAAGAACCUUGACGCGCUGAUCACCAAGGAGGUCACCAUGAAAGGUGUGCUUUACUCGCUGCAUUCUGGGACCCAGGAUGAAAUUGAAUUUUUCCAGGAAAUGUCCCAAUUGGUCGAACAGGAAAAAAUAACGUUCAAGGUUGACGAGAGAUCUGGCCUUGAAAGUGCGCCUCAAGCGCUAGUGGACCUGUACGCAGGGAAAAACUUUGGCAAGGUCGUUGUCAAGGUGGAGUAG